AUGGAUGAAGCGGAUGUAAAUGAGAGUGCAAGAAGUGACAGUGAGCCAGAUGAAAUUCAUGGUUUCUCUAUGGUUCAGAAGACAAUCCUUAUCACCUUUCUUUCAGCUAUUAUAAUAAUGACCAUUUUGGGAAAUCUAUUGGUUAUGGUAGCUGUUUGCAAGGACAGGCAGCUACGGAAGAUCAAGACCAAUUACUUUAUAGUCUCUUUGGCCUUUGCUGAUCUGCUUGUUUCAGUCAUGGUGAUGCCUUUUGGAGCAAUUGAAUUAAUACAACAGAACUGGAUAUAUGGAGAUACAUUUUGCCUUGUUCGGACUUCUUUGGAUGUCUUGCUAACCACAGCAUCUAUACUUCAUCUAUGUUGCAUUUCUUUAGAUAGGUACUACGCCAUUUGUUGUCAACCUCUGGUUUACAGGAACAAAAUGACGCCCUCGCGUGUUGUUGUAAUGCUUGGAGGCUGUUGGAUUAUCGCCUCAUUUAUUUCAUUUCUUCCUAUCAUGCAAGGCUGGAACAGUAUUGGUAUACAGGAACUGGUAGAGGCAAGAAAAUUCAAAAAUGACACAAACACGACAUACUGUGUCUUUAUGGUGAACAAACCUUAUGCCAUAACAUGCUCAGUUGUAGCAUUUUACAUACCUUUUAUUUUAAUGGUACUGGCAUACCAAAGGAUAUAUGUGACUGCCAGAGAACAUGCACGGCAGAUUGAAAUGUUGAAACGUGCAGGAACCUCAAAUGAGUCUGGACAACAAGCUGACCAUCCCGGCAAUCACAGAAUGAAGACCGAAACCAAAGCAGCCAAAACUUUGUGCAUCAUUAUGGGAUGCUUUUGCCUUUGUUGGGCACCAUUUUUCAUCACAAAUAUUGUGGACCCAUUCAUAAACUACUCUGUUCCAGACAAGAUUUGGACAGCAUUCCUCUGGCUUGGAUAUAUUAAUUCAGGGUUGAAUCCAUUUCUGUACGCUUUUUUGAACAAGUCCUUCAGGCGUGCCUUCCUAACAAUUUUGUGCUGUGGUGAGAGGCACCGGCAAUCUUCUAUACUGGGACAGACAAUACCCUGUUCUACGACAACAAUCAAUGGAUCAACACAUGUACUGAGGUACACAGUUUUAUGUAAUGGACAUCUUCAGGAACAUGAAAAUCUGUCUCUCCGAAGUGAUAUUGAAUUAUAGAAAUGAUGCUUUAAACACGUUUGAGGCACAUAAUGUAUGGCCUUAUCCUAG